AUGGGUCUAGAGUUGGGGUGGAUGGAGAGAGGGGAGGGUGGUCGUAUUUCACAAUUAAAUUUUUCUGGCGCGAUCUCGCUGAGUGUGUACGCCGAGCUACGCCGCACGCCCUGUGGGGUGAUGGGAACAGAACUAAGUGCCAGCAUCAAACGAGAGAAAAUUGUAGAGAUCUGCGAAGGGUGUGGGCAGAAGAUCCAAGACAGAUACCUGAUGAGGGUUGGUGAGCUCUCUUGGCACGAACACUGCCUCAGCUGUUGCGUUUGCGGAUGUCCUCUGGCUCACACCUGUUACACUCGCAACGCCAAGCUUUACUGCAAGCCAGACUACGAUAGAUUGUUCGGGGUAAAGUGCACUAGAUGCGGCGACCGACUUUUACCACAAGAAAUGGUGAUGAGAGCACAGCAAUACGUCUUUCACAUACAAUGCUUUGUUUGCGUGAUGUGUUGCCAGCCUUUGCAAAAAGGAGAACAAUACGUAAUCAGAGCAGGUCAAAUAUUCUGCCGACAGGACUUCGAGAAAGAAAUGUACAUCAUGCAACACACUGAAGAUGAUAUGAUCAUUGACGACUCUGAUAGACCCCGCGACGGCAGACGCGGCCCAAAAAGACCGCGGACUAUUCUCACUUCAGCUCAACGACGACAGUUCAAAGCAUCCUUUGAAGUAAGCCCAAAACCUUGCCGUAAAGUACGAGAGGCUUUAGCCAAAGAUACAGGUUUGAGUGUCCGAGUUGUCCAAGUUUGGUUCCAAAAUCAGAGGGCAAAGAUGAAAAAAAUUCAACGUAAAGCGAAACAAGAAGGUGAAAAAAGUAACGACAAAGAUAAGGAGAAAGACGAGAAGAGUAUCAAACAGGAGUCUCCAUCAAGUGAACAUGGGAAUUAUCUGGGAUUAGAUGGAUCUUAUUCCGCUUCUAGUCAGCCACUCAACCCCAACUUGCCCUACUCGCCUGAUGACUACCCAGCGCACUCGGGGGAUAGUUUCUGCAGUUCUGACAUAUCACUGGACGGUAGCAACUUUGACCAACUCGACGAAGGGGCGUCGGAUACGAUGAGUUUGCAGAAUUUGGAAGUUCAGCAUCAUUCACAUCAACACGCGGCGCAUUCGGCCCACGAACCUUUGAACCUUGGUACGGGGGCUGUUGUUAAUCCCAUAGAUAAACUGUACCUAAUGCAGAAUUCGUAUUUUAGUACAGAUCAUUGAUCCACAAUCAAACGUGGCUGUGGGAGACGGUCGAAGCUCGGACGAGUCCGACACCCAGCUGCGAUGGACCUAUGCAUCAGGUCUACGUCGACAAGCAUUAGCCAUACUAUGACUUACACUGACAUCAAUGGGCAUAUAAACUCUGUUGCUGACACUGCCCUCAAUUUACACAAUUUUUAUGAGGAAUGUCCACAAUUUUAAUCGUUUCCGGUUUCUCGAAUAUUUUAAGAUAUAGGGGAAAUACGUACAAAAUGACAUAUUUGGCAUAAUUUGAAAUUGGUGGACUCUAGCACGCAACUGACAACUGCAUCACAUGACUCAAGUGGCUUUUACUAACCUGUCAAAACGUAAACUCACCUCUCUCAUCCGUCUCAGAGUCGCUGAAGACUUUUUGUACGUUACGAGUUUUUUCUUUACGACAAGUGUUUUAAUAUAAAUGAUAAGUUUUUCGCUAAUGUACGUAUUGUUGUUGCAUUAUUUUAUUCCACAAUAGUUUGCUGUUGCCCUCAAAUAAGAUUUAAAAAAAGUCUUAAUAUUUGAAUUUUCUUUUUUAAAACCGUUACAUGGACAAAAUAACAUAUAUAAACAACGGACGGAAAAGACUGGUUACGAUGCUUAAAUUGUUCGCAUAGGACUCACGCUUC